AUGUUACUGCGAACGAGCCAACAACAGCCACGCCCCCAACUUACAAGUACAGAAAGAAUAAUAAACACCCAAACAACAACAGCAACAACAACAACAACAGGCACAAUUGUUGCAAAGAAAACUUUAACUUCGAAUGCGGCUCUGUCAUUGUUUGAUCAGCUGAAAAACGGCAUCAAUUUGAACAGUUUGACAACUGCAACUGCAACGGCAACGGCAACAACAACGGCAACAGUUGCCGCCUCAAUUCCGCUUGCACCACCCGCUGCCCCACCGCCAAACAUUGAGUUGAAGCCACCGGCAAGCAAACCGCUUAAGCCAUCCUUUAGCACACCUUUAAACAGUAGCAAUAGCAUUGGCAUCGUGCAUGCCACCAAAAGGGGCAGGCAAACAACUAUUGCAACCGCAACUGCAACAAAUAAAACCUCGUCAGCAGCAUCAGUUGCCAAAUUGGAUAUCAACGCAUUGCGAUCUCAGCUCUAUCAGGGCGCCACAAAGACUGUAACACAAACAACGACAACAACUGCCAGGGGAGAAAGGGGAAGAGGGGCAGCCAAUGUGCAACAGGGAGGCACAAAGAAGAAGCGCUGCCUCGAUCGUUACGAUUCAUCAGAGUCAUCAGACAGCGGCGUUGCAACUUCGCUAAGCUGCGCCGAUUCCAGCACAGGAUCCAGUGAGGAUGCUUCCGAGCCCGGUUCACCGUACAGUGCGCACUCGCUAUUGAGCGACGAGCAGCAACAGCACCAUCAGCAGCAGCUAAACAACAACAACAGCAGCAGCAACAAC